AUGAAUUUCGUGAGGUCUAACGAGUGGGUUUCUCGCCGCCGUGCACGCGGCGGGUCUUUCGACUCACCGGCGGUACGAGUCAACAUCGUCGACCGCCGAACUGGUCCCGCAAGCAGCGGCGUCAGAAGCGGAAGCGAACGGGAGGUUGAGAUCCCAACUCUGGGCAUUCUUUGCCUCCGAAGCUUGGAGUCGUCCCUCGGCAAGGGCCUCGCGACCUUCGACCUUCAGGACCUUCCCCUGGGGCUGGCCGAGACUGUGUACGACUUCGUUGCCUCGGCCGGUUCGCGGAUGGCCCACAUGGAAAUCCUUCGAGCGCUCGCCCCAAUAUUGCGGCAGCACGUGAGCUCCCUCGACUUCAGCAGAGCCAAGAUCGUGGGGGACUCGGCGCUGCUGGAGCUGGCAAACGGGUGCGACUCAUCGCUGGUUCAGCUUAACCUCAGCAGCUGUUGUUUCAUCACGGACGGUGCUCUCCUCGCGACGCUGCUCAAGUGCCCUGGUGUGAAGGAUCUCACCCUUUCGGGGUGCCGCGGUAUCACUGAUGAGACUGCUUACCACUUGCCGCACCGAUGCACGAAGCUGACAACGCUCAACCUGGCGGGACUGGAAGGGAUAACCGGAAGUGGCGUGGCCUACAUUGCGUACCUCCCUGCCCUCGAGCAGCUUUGCCUCGCGAGAUGCAACGUCAGCGACGCCGCUGUGGUCGCGAUCACGACCGGCGUGUGCCGACAGUCCCUGAGGUGGCUGGACUUAACCUGCACGGCGAUAUCGGCCGCGGCCGCGGCGUCCCUCCGAGACCUACAGCGGCUGGAGUACCUCGCCCUGUCUUCGACGAGUAUGUCCGCAAUGUCCGUGGCGGCACUCGCCCGCGACCUGCGAUUGCCCGCCUUCCUCCCGGAGGCGCCCAAGACGAGGGCAAGGUCUAGCCGCGCGCUUCUGCUGGGAUCGAAGUGGUCUGAAACGCAGCUCCGAAGCCUGCCCAAAAAACGGGCGGCGACGACGGCGGCGACGGCGGCAGGGGCCCCCGCCAAAUCUUGGCGAAACAGCAUUGCGUCGGUCAUCUGCUACGAGCGUGACGGCCCGAGCAAAGCGAUGCGCCUCAUCGGGGCGGCUAGUCGAGUGUCCUCUUCUUCGUCUUCUCCAUGCGCGGACGAUCUCGUGGAGGUGGGCUUCCGAGACGACGGCAUCGAAGAGGGGGGACGGAAGCUGCUGCUGAACCUGGUGCAAGGCAUCGUUAGGUUGUGGCCGGCGGUUCCCUCGCGCUGAACAAAAGUGUUGUCUGUGACUUUAUUCGCGGAAAUAUGUACCACCCUCGGUCGAAGUUUCAAUCCGCCAGCCAGAGCUCGAGCCCCUCGCCGCUCGCCGUGCCGUGGAUUUAUCCGGCGAAUACUUCUUCGGGUGUCACGAGACCUUGUUCCACAUG